AUGCAGGAGGCGCUGCGAUAUCCGUUGCGCGUCGCGAAUCGCGUAUCCGUAGGCCGUGGCGUGGACGUGAGACUCGGUGGCCAGAGACGCUGCGCUGUGCGCUUUGCGCGAGCGCGAUCGGCGGCGAGCGCAAGGGCCGCCAUGAGGGUGUUCACCGCGGAGCAAGUCCACCGCGCGCUGCCGUACGACGCACUCAUUGAGCAUCUCCGCGAGGCCUUCCGCGCCUCCAGUAGCGGAGGUGGCAUCGCCGCCCCGCCACGCCAGCACUACACCAUUGGUCAGCGUGCUGCGGAUGAGGAUGGAGAUGAGCCAUUCCUGGGUGUGAAGCUGGCGACAGUGUUCCCUGGCAACGCCAGUUACGGCCUGCCAUCGGUGGCAGCGAGCUACCUGCUCUCCUCUGCUGCCACUGGCGCCCCCCUUGCCCUCAUGGACGGCACGGCCAUCACGCUCCGCCGCACCGCUGCCGCCUCUGCCCUCGCUGCUCACUACCUCGCACGCCAGGACUCAACGGUGCUUCUUAUGGUGGGCAUGGGCAACCUUGCUCCCCACCUCAUCCUCGCCCACCUCUCAGCCACUCCCUCCCUCCGCUCCGUGCUCCUCUGGGGCCGCACUCUCACCAAGGCCCAGCAGACAGCUGAGAAUCUGGUCUCCUCCGACCCAAGGUUUCGUCUUAUUGAGCCGGAGGGAGUUUCCUUGUCGGGCUUUUUGGAAGGGCAAGAAACAGGUGGGGUGUGUGUUACGGUUGUGGGUGAUCUAGAGCGUGCGGUGCCAUUGGCGGAUAUUAUCUCCUGUGCCACGCUUGCAACAGAACCGCUUGUGUGUGGACGGUGGUUGAAGCGUGGAGCCCAUGUGGAUUUGGUUGGCGGUUUUCGGCCGGAUAUGCGCGAAGCGGAUGAUGAUGUGAUGAUUGCAGCUAGAGGGUCGAUAUUUGUGGAUUCCAAGGAUGGUGACGCCAUCACAGGAUCUGGGGACCUUAUUGAGCCUAUCUCUAGUGGUGCUAUACUGGUGGAGGACAUUGGAGGAGACCUCUUCGAGCUAUGUUCUGGACGUGUGCACGGGAGGAGAGCUAAUGAGAAAAUUACUGUGUUCAAGUCGGUAGGAUUGGCCCUAGAAGACCUUGUAGCUGCCAAGCUUGUGUGGAAGGAUAGGGAAUUGUAA